CAACUACCUCGCCAUUGCCACCACCAGCAGCAGCUCGCCAUCCAAGCAUCAAAGCUUCUAAACUGAAGCUUAAUCUAUAUAUAAGGAGAGUUCAUUUUGAUUUUGGUGAGGAAGAAGUAGUAGAAGUGAAUUAGUGAUAUCGAUCAGAGUGUGAAGAAGAUGUCUCUGGUGAAGCUGUUUGAUACGUUGGCGUUCGACGCCUGGAACCCGUUCAGCAUCUUUGGGACGACGGUGGCGGCGGACGCGUGGCUGGCGAGCGACACGUCGGCGUUCGCCAACACGUACAUCGAGAGCCGGGAGACGGCGGAGGCGUACGUGUUCCGGGCGGACCUGCCGGCGGGGGUGAAGAAGGAGGAGGUGCGGGUGGAGGUGGACGAGGGGAACGUGCUGGUGAUCACCGGCGAGCGCAGCGUCCGGCGGGAGGAGAAGGGCCAGCGGUCGCACCACAUCGAGCGCAGCUGCGCCACCUUCUUCGGCAGGUUCCACCUCCCCGACGACGCCGUCGUCGACCUCGUCAGGGCGUCCAUGGACGGCGGCAUGCUCACCGUCACCGUGCCCAAGGUGGUCACUGACAAGCAGCCCGCCAUCGCCGCCGCCGCACCCGUCCCCGCCGUCGUCGCACCCGCUGUCGAGGCGAAGGCAAUCGAAGCCAGCCCGUAGUGAUGCGAUGAACACACACACACACACACAGACAGUCAGUCAAUCCAACGAUCCGUAUGUAUACGUUGUCGUCGAUGAUAAGUUCAAAGUGCUUGCGAGUAAGGUGCUUGCUGUACUUUUGGUUUAAUUACCUUUGGUGUGAAAUGCUUUCUCGAUGUAAGACAAGAAAGCUAGUAGCAAAAUCAUACUAUUUGCUUGAUGCAAUACAUGUUCCAUCUUAGUUCCCUUACGUA